AUGAGUCUCCUUACCUAUAAAAGCAUCGUCAAUUAUGAGGAGCAAACAACCGCGUUCAAGGACUUCCUGCAGAACUUCAAAUCAUCCUCAACAGAAACCGAAGAUGCGUUAGGCGACUUGAAUCUGGACGGCGACGGUACGAGUGACAAAUAUGACUUUAUGGACGAUGCGGACGAUGGCGCGCGAACCAGGAGUAGAACAAAGUCGAAGCUGAAGUACAUGAACAUACUGCAAGACGUGGCAGAUCGGAAGUCCAGCCAAGUACUGGUUGACUUGGACGACCUGAACGAGUAUGAGCGAAGUCUGGAUGAAGAGAGUGUUUCGGCGCUCAAAUUGGUGUCUUCAAUUGAGAAGAACGCGCAACAUUACAUUGAGAUACUUUCGCGCGCAGCAGAUUCUGUCAUGCCGCGUCCAACUCGGGAGAUCAAUUUCAAAGACGAUGUGCUCGAUAUCAUCAUGAGCCAGCGGUCGAAACGCAAUGAGACUGUGCUGCAGCAGCAGGAAGGUCAAAUUGAAGGAGAACUGCCGGAGUCUAUCUUCCCACCAGAGCUGACGCGACGAUAUACGCUCAACUUCAAGCCGGUAACACCAUCUGGAUCGAGCAGCGAGAAAGGUGCAAAAGCAUUGGCAGUACGGCAAAUCCGCGGUGAGCAUCUUGGGCACCUGAUCACAACCCGUGGUAUCGCGACCAGGGUGUCAGAUGUCAAGCCAUCCGUGCAGGUCAAUGCAUACUCUUGCGAUCGUUGCGGUCAUGAGAUCUUCCAGCCAGUCACCACAAAGCAGUUUACACCGCUGGUCGAGUGUACAUCAGACGACUGCCAGAAGAACAACGCAAAGGGCCAGCUUUUCCUGUCAACGAGGGCUUCCAAGUUCUUGCCAUUCCAGGAGAUCAAGAUCCAGGAAAUGGCCGAUCAGGUGCCAGUGGGCCACAUACCUCGUCAACUGACGAUCCACUGCCAUGGCGAGCUGGUCCGGCAGGUGAACCCAGGCGAUGUCGUGGACAUUGCUGGAAUCUUUCUGCCCACUCCUUAUACUGGUUUCCAGGCCAUCAAAGCCGGUCUUCUCACAGACACCUACCUCGAGGCACAAUACGUACACCAGCACAAGAAGGCGUAUGACGAUAUGGUACUGGCACCCACCACAAUUCGCAGAAUGACAGAACUCGAACGUUCUGGACAGCUGUACGAAUAUCUGAGUCGAUCGAUUGCACCAGAGAUCUUCGGUCACGCAGACGUGAAGAAGGCGCUCCUUCUGCAACUCAUUGGCGGUGUCACAAAGGAGAUGGGCGAUGGUAUGCGCAUUCGUGGCGACAUCAACGUCUGCUUGAUGGGUGAUCCUGGUGUUGCCAAGUCUCAGCUUCUCAAGUACAUCACGAAGGUUGCUCCUCGCGGCGUAUACACUACUGGACGUGGUAGCAGUGGUGUCGGUCUGACUGCCGCUGUCAUGCGCGACCCCGUGACAGACGAGAUGGUACUGGAAGGUGGAGCCCUUGUGUUGGCUGAUAACGGCACAUGCUGUAUCGAUGAAUUCGACAAGAUGGACGACAGCGAUCGAACGGCCAUCCACGAAGUCAUGGAACAGCAGACGAUUUCGAUUUCGAAGGCAGGAAUCACCACCACACUCAACGCCCGAACGUCAAUCUUGGCCGCCGCCAAUCCUCUGUACGGCCGCUACAACCCUCGCAUUUCUCCAGUAGAGAACAUCAACCUGCCCGCCGCACUGUUAUCUCGAUUCGACGUACUCUUCCUACUACUCGACACGCCGUCACGAGACGCAGACGAGGAGCUAGCACGCCACGUCACUCACGUGCACAUACACAAUGCUCACCCCGAACCACAAGGAGGCGGCCUGAUCUUUUCGCCAAACGAGGUGCGACAGUGGGUUGCUCGCGCACGUUCCUUCCGCCCAGUAGUACCGAAGCAAGUCUCCGACUACCUCGUAGGUGCCUACGUGCGGUUACGACAACAACAGAAGCGCGAUGAGGCCGGCAAGAAGACUUUCACCUACACCUCGCCAAGAACGUUACUCGGUAUUUUACGUCUUUCGCAAGCGCUGGCACGUCUCCGAUUCGCUGAUGAGGUGAUCACGGAUGAUGUCGAUGAGGCACUGAGACUGGUCGAGGUCAGCAAAGCUAGCUUGUACGACGACAACAAGGACAGGAGAGGCGACCAGUCAGCAAGCACGAAGAUCUUCAACCUCAUUCGCGGCAUGCGAGAAAGCGGUGCGGCUGCGACAGGUGAGGGCCGUGGUGAGCUUGACAUGCGACGAGUCCGCGAGCGAGUCCUGGCCAAGGGCUUCACGGCGCAACAGCUCGAGGCCGCUGUUGACGAGUACGCCAGUAUUGAUGUCUGGCAGACUGCCGCGGAGGGCACUAGGCUCGUGUUCAUCGAAUCUGGCGAGGACGAUGAAGACAUGGGAGACGAAGAUAUCUGA